AUGCUGGUAUUUAAAAAUGACAGCUAAUGUUUUUCCAGUGAUGUCACAACUCGCUCAAGUCACCUAAAUGAGGACUAUGCAACCAAUAAGCAACAACCACCAGAAGAUGACCUAAUGCUAUUAGAGAACUAAGCCCAGCCCAUCCAUGUAUAAAACACUGCUCUCAUAUUGGAAGAACUGCAAAGAUUUUAAAUAAGCUGGAAAAUAAAGAGAGAAGCAGUAUGAAAAAGAUCUGCAGAGGAGGAUUUGUGUCUUCUCUCAUCCUAAUCUCGUAUAUCGCUCUGGCAACUUCAGUGAUGCUCGAUUUAACUGAACUGAAAAAUAAAAUUUCCAAGCUCAAGGUGAAUCCCAGAGGAAAUCUUUGGGCAACAGGGCAUUUCAUGGGAAAGAAGAGUGUGGAUAGCUCCUUUCUGGAGACUGUCUUUGAAGACAUAAACGCUCCAUCUGAAGGCAGAGAUGCGAGUCCUGUGGCCGGAGCAGAUUUUCAGGCACUGAUCACCAAGAUGUUGAGAGGCGCACAACCAACAAGAAGACAGACUCUGGACAUAGAGAGAGGAGAUCCAGCUUGAAGGCCAGCCUCUAUCAAGCACCAACGGAUUGAUCAGAUUUAUUAUUUUUGUCAUU